AUGGAGGAUCGCACACAGUGCAGGACUUCAGAAAUAACUCACCUGCAGAAUCUGGAGAGUGAAGAAGCUGAAGAUUCUGCUGAGGUGUCUGAGUUUCUGGGAUCACAGAAGUGUCCCAGAGACCUAGAAAUGGCGAUGCCUAAACACCAAGAGGACUGGUCCAAGGAAGACAUUGUGCAGUUACUGGAAAGUAUGGAGAAAAGCAUUCCAUCCAGUGACGGGCACACGUUCAAAACAGCCCAGUCAGUGAUGGACUGGGGAAAAGUAGCUUUUAAAGAUUUUUCUGGGGAAAUGUGCAAACUCAAAUGGUUAGAGGUUUCCCAUAAGCUGAGAAAGUUUCGCACACUGAGAGAAUUAGUUCUGGAAGCUAAGGAAAAUGCUAGCAAUCCUUCCAAAAAACACAAGAAAACACAGAAAACACAAAAAAAACACCAGAAACAAGCUUAUUUGUUCAAGAAGUCCCUGACAGCAUACCGCCACAUUUCCCAAGUGAUGCGACCCCAGUACAUCCAAAAACAUCCCAAGAUAAGCAACCAGGAGCUGAGCAGGGUUCUGUCUGAGGAACACAGGAAGGAGCCUGAGCAGCUGAGGGUGAAACACAGUCAGGAUCUUGAGAAACAGCACCCUGGUCUAGUCCAAAACCCAGAGAAAUCUGGUGUCCCCCAAAGAAGUGAAAUGAAAGUGUCAGAAAAUUUUCAGGAGAACGUUCAAAAGGUGAAGUCUCCCCAAGAAAACAAUUUACCCAUGAAGUGGAAAUUCCAUGGAGAGCCCAAGAAGCCCCCGAUGAAUGGCUAUCACAAGUUCCACCAGGAUCUCUGGUCGAACAGGGAGCUGAAAGUGGUAUCCCCGAGGGAGCGCAUGGUGGAGAUCAGUAGACGCUGGCAGCGGGUCCCCCAGGACCAGAAGGAGCUUUAUAAGAAGCAGGCGGAGGAACUGCAGACACAGUACAAGGUGGACCUUGAUCUCUGGCUCAGGACUCUGUCUCCUGAAGAAUAUGCUGCUUACAGAGAGGCGACCUGUGCUAAGCGUAAGAACAUGAGCAUGAUGCGGGGCCCGAACCCCAAGAUUAGAAGGAUGGGUCUGCAGUCCCCAUCAUCAGGGAAUCUGCAAGGAAGACUUAGAGAGGACCCGGGGCUUCAGGCUGCAGAGUUAGCAUCAUCAGACACGACUGGAGAACAUUCUCCUGUCUCAGGGAGAUCAGAGGAAAAUGAGAAAGAAGAGGAGGAAGGCUCCUCAGCCCCCAGCACUGAGGAUGAAGAUGGAGAUUCUGAGCAGGGGGACACCAGCUCCAGCUCAUCCUCCUCAGGGGACUCUUCUGACUCAGAUUCCGACUGA